AUGAAACAGCUUGCCGAAUCAAAACAGUCUGAGGAAAAAAGAAGUGCCUUCAACGCUUAUAACAAAAUUAGUCAACUGCAAUCUUGUCGAAGACGUCUUCAUAUAAUUAGCAGAACUAUAAAUUUGAAGCGCAAACUGUCACAAAGGCAAACCACAAUUUUAAUGAAUAAAGAAAGCGAGCAGCAGACGAAGGAAGCGUAUAAGGAGGAAGCGUGUCGAAACUGGAAAACCCGUGGCAUCCGACGCGGCACACGCACCGAUUUCCUGCAUAAUGGCAGCUUUCAUGAGGCGGUUGGACCGGUGCUUGUUAUUGCUCAGUGCUUCUGUCUGAUGCCAGUGCGUGGCAUACUUGCUGACACGCCGAAAGGAUUAUCUUUUUGCUGGAAGAGCUUUCGUACCUGGUAUUGCAUAUUGUAUACAUUGAUUACUAUAGCUGAUACCGGACUAACCGUAAAUAUGGUCGUAAAAGGUGUGCUGGAUGUGAGAAACAUCGAACCUUUGAUAUUUCAUGCCAAUAUACUUUUGGCUUCAAUUGGUUUUUUGCGCUUAGCCGCCAAAUGGCCAAAGUUAAUGCGAAAGUGGCAACGUGUGGAACGCCAGCUGCCACCACAUCAGACGUGGCGUGAGCGUGAGGCAUUGUCAGUGCGCGUUCACAAGGUGACUUUUGUGCUGAUGACUUUGUCGCUGACUGAACACCUGCUAAGCACCAUUUCAGCUAUUCACUUUGCCAAUUAUUGUCCUUCUCGUAACGAUCCCAUCGAAUCCUAUUUCAUGUCGGUUGUUUCACAAAUUUUUUUCGUCUUGGACUAUUCACCUUGGCUGGCAUGGAUUGGAAAAAUUUUGAAUGUGCUGAUGACAUUCGGUUGGAGUUACAUGGAUGUGUUCCUAAUGAUAAUAGGCAUCGGACUGUCGUCGUUGUUCGGACAGGUGCAGAGCAGUCUGCAUCGCGUAAGAGGGCAGGUUAUGCCCGAGUCAUAUUGGACACGUACACGCCUGCAAUAUCGCCUUAUUUGUGAUCUGAUAGAGCAGGUGGAUGCUGCUGUAUCUGGCAUAAUUAUGCUUUCGUUUGCUAAUAAUCUUUAUUUCGUCUGCAUACAGCUGCUCAAAAGCAUGAA